AUGAAAACUAGUGGUCUUUAUAAUGCCGGACUCAAGAUUUCUACUUUUGACAGCAGAAAAGAAUCAGAUGGAAAUGGAGCUCAGCAGUACUACACCCCAAUGCAGUCGAGAUACAGAUUGAAUUCUAUGGAUUAAAAGGACACAAAUGAAUCGAAGCUUGACUAAAGGAAUAAAUAUUAAAAGCACAUCAGGAAUAUUUCGCUUUACGAUACCAAUAUGAGUCACAGCCUCCAAGUCAUGGAAAAAAUCCUUUAAUCUAAGCACAAAGAAUAGCUCCAAAGAUCAUACGCAAUAGGAGGAUCAGCAGCAAUGUCGCCAAAUUCUAAGGGUGAGAAAAGUGCAAAGAUUGAUUUUAACUCUUAUCAAAAGGAGAUUGAUGGGCCUGUUUCUCCCAGAGGAGAAAGCGACAUGUCCAAGUAUUAUAAGAAUAUCAAGGACAGUAGAAUCGUACAAGGAGGUAAAAACUCUUUCUGCAGACCAAAUAUUCGAUGA